AUGGCCUAUUGUGAAGGAAAGGAGGACUUCGAGGAGUCGGGUCCUCACGAAGCGGAGGGGGACGGGCUCUGGAACGUAUUUCUGCAGACCAUGAGGGUCGAGCGGGAUGAAGUCGUACGGCAUGGCAAAGCAGCCAUGAACGAGAUCUUACUGUUUUCCACCGUCUUCACCGCCACAGUCGCGAUGUUUCUCGUGGAUAGCCAACAUUCCCUUAGCCUCUCUGAUUCGAAUGUGCGGGAGACUGGCGCAACCGCUCGUACAAACGCCCUGCUGGAGCAACUAGUGCUAUCGACCAACACGACGCCUGUGCCAGAGGUCGAGAGAGGGUCGUUCCGCCCGACUGAUACUGCGAUGGUCGUGAAUACACUCUGGUGUCUCAGUCUCGUUACCUCGCUCUUAAGCGCUCUGCUUGCCAUGAUGAUCCAGGAAUGGCUGAGGGACUCCGUGAGGAAAGAAACACGCCUCGCGAUGGGGACCAUCGAGCAAUACGGUCUCAAACGGCUGCGCGUGUACACGUCUCUCGAGCGGUACGGCCUAGACAGGCUCGCAACGUUCCUUGGGGGCAUGACACAGCUGGCCGUCGCUCUCUUCCUCGUGGGGCUCUCGCUGUCCCUCUUCCCUGCCCAUUCGACGCCAGCUCUUGCCGUCGUGGCACUGUCGGGGAUGGCCUCCGUGUUCUAUAUCAUCGCCAGCCUCAUGCCGUUCAUCGACUCGAGGAGCCCUUACUACACCCCGCUGAGCUUCGUCUUGUUCGCAGUCACUUACAACUCGAUGAUGCUCAUUACGUGCUCUCUGAUGUAUCUUGUGAGCGUAUGUGCUGCGGUGCGAAGUUGGAUCUCCAAGAAGCACAUCACUCUACAAGAUCUUGAUCCUCGACACGUCGGAGUGUUCCUAGAAGAUCCCGUGCGUUCCGCGCAACUCCUGCUCCCUAUCCUGGUCUGGAUCAUUCGCUCGAGAUCUGCAGAGGAGCUUGAUCGGCUGAUCAGCCGUACUUUUGAGCCUCCGCAGAGACCACAGGCUAUCGAGGGCAAGGAGAUGGGUUUCUUAUCGACCCGCGCACACCAGCACCUACUGAAGUGCCCCAGCGCACUACGGUACUUAUCACGCCGCCUGCUCUGCCUUCGAUACCAAGGCGUCGCCAACUUUUUCGUCGGACUGCGAAACAGCAGUAUCGUCAUGACCCAGCUCGUGGGUCUCUUCUGUGACGUAGAUUCGGUCCUCGCCGCUUUAGGAUCGAUCCGGUUCUUGCAGAUGCUUCUUUCGGCGGAAACAUAUGCGGACAACCAGUCGCAGACGCAUACCAACCAGGACUUCCGUUGGGUAUACAUGGGUCCCAUUCUCGAGGUCUUCCCUUCGUUCGCCCGACGGCUAGGUGAACUUAACGCCGAAGCACUGCGCCAGCAAGAUGUUGCGUUACACGCGGCAAUAGCGAGCUUCCGUUGGACGCUCAUCCAGGCGCUGGGGAGCAUUCAGGGACACCCGUGCGCUCCCGAUCAGCCAGGAUUCGUUGCAAGGACGAACAUACGGUUUAUGUUCGCGGCGCUCAACGCUGUCGAGACUCUCCGUCUGCACACCGUGCUUUCGAACGAUCACGAGGAUCUCGAAGAUCUCUUCCUGGACAAGUCCAACGAUCCUCGGUUCGAACUCGGGUCCCGUACUGCGCUGACGCUGUUGGAGGGCGUGAAACUUUGCGACUGGCGCCCGUCAGUCGAUUGGGAGAAGCCCGAGUCGAAUUACCUUCGCAGAGGCACGCCAGGGAUGUGGGAGUGGCGUCGGUUGUACGAUCCGAAAGGCGUCGGGCCCAAGCCCUUCGCCUCGACUUCCUUACGCGACCUGUUCAGUCAGGAAAGCGUUCAAGUGUCAAUGAGGGCAAUGGCGUUGGGCUCGACGCUCCCCGAUGGCAGAGGUAUUAGUUUGGCCGCAAUCAACGCGCUCCGAGACCUUGCGAGCAUCGCCGACUUCUCCAGGCUUGAAUGA